GACGGCUGAGAUUUCGCCACUCGUCACCCUCACAACCUCGAUAGCCGAGGAUUCUCUGAAAACGAGCCAAUUAAUAGUGGUGCAUACAGGCAGACGACUGGCUGUUUGUCGGGAAAAAGAACUCUUUAUUUUCCCCUGAAACCCCUAACUAGAACAUUCUGAGACCCCCCGGAAGGCAGAAAGUUGCGAAUAAAGUCGUUUGAGCCUUAAGAUUGCAGGCUUGAAGGGUAGAUUAAACAUCACGAGUCUUUGAGGAUAAGCUCCACACUCAUGGCGGCCAUUUCUGCACUUCACUGUAACAUACCUGCCAUUAAAGUUCAAUCACAUUCCCUUGCGAAGCCUUUAGCUUCUUCAGCCUCUGCCACCAGAUUCCCUCACUCAUUUUCGCGUCACUCUCAAUCUUUAACCACCUUCAUUGCCAGGAGUCCAAGGAGGUUAAAAAAUCUCACAGUAUCUGCAGGCGAUAUAGGUGAUGAAUAUGGUGAGGAAAAGAGUGAUGAGGGGGUGAGUAUAAAUGCAACUGUCACUGCUACUGCUACUGCAACUCUCGAGAAAGAAGAACCGAGUGAGAUAAAAAAUUUAAAGCGUGCUCUGGUGGAUUCAUUCUAUGGUACAGACAGAGGAUUGAGGGCUAGCAGUGAAACAAGAGCUGAAAUUGUGGAAUUGAUCACCCAAUUGGAGGCCAAAAAUCCUACUCCUGCACCCACAGAAGCUCUCAGUCUUCUCAAUGGAAAAUGGAUCUUGGCGUAUACAUCCUUUUCUGAGCUGUACCCACUCCUUGCAGCAGGAACCCUGCCUUUGGUGAAGGUUCAGGAGAUCUCCCAAAAAUUUGACUCAGAGACUUUGACAGUGGAGAACUCUGUCCUAUUUGCAGGGCCUCUGGCCACCACAUCCUUCAGUACAAAUGCAACUUUUGAGGUUCGGAGUCCCAAGAGAGUACAGAUAAAGUUUGAAGAAGGAAUAAUUAGCACCCCACAGCUUAUAGAUUCUAUAGAGAUACCAGAAGAUGUGCAUUUCCUGGGACAAAAGAUUGAUCUUACUCCUUUUAAAGGGGUGCUAAGUUCAGUACAAGAUGCUGCAUCUUCAGUAGUUAAAACCAUAUCUGAACGACCUCCCAUCAAGUUUCCCAUUCGCACUGACAGGGCUCAAUCUUGGCUGUUGACAACCUACUUGGAUGAAGACAUAAGAAUCUCUAGAGCAGAUGGAAGCAGUGUUUUUGUGCUUAUCAAGGAAGGGAGCCCUUUGCUGCCUCCAUCUUAAUUUAGUUAUUUGAAUUUUAAUCAGACUAUUUAUUUUGUGCGAAUCGGAUUCUGAACCAAUGUUACUUUGGUAUUAUAUACUUGCUUUUUGUAUUAGUAUCUAAAAAUAAAACACCAAGACUAGUGUCCAUUUGACUAGUCACUCUUGUACUUCUUAAAAUGUGCCUCCAAAUAAAUGCAAUAGCAUUGAGCAAGGAAAUGAACAGAAGCCAAUUCCAAUCUA